CUCCUGUCUGUGCCUGCGCACCCCUGACUAUCGCCUUUUCCUGCCUGGAGUGAGAGGAUAUCCCCGGUUCCCGUCCAUCCCUGCAGAAGGACCUCCUCCUGAGCACCUCUGGUGGUGUUCGGACCCCUGCAACCCGCCGCCCUUUGGAGGGCGACAGAAGAGCUUCCCGGCAGGCGAGGGGAAGAGGGAAAGUAACCAGCCAUGUCGAACGCAAUGUAUAAUAAGAUGUGGCAUGAGACCCAAGAAGCCCUCAAUUCUUUGCUCGAUAAAGAGUCUCAGAUGAUAGAACCGCAAAGAAAUCAAGUGUCCAUCUUCCAGAUGUUGGCCACCUACUACAUUAAGUACGUGCAGAUCUUUAGAAACCUGGAGAAUGUCUACGACCAGAUCGUCCACCCACAGAAACGAAGACUGAUCCGAAAAAUACUGGAUGGAGUGAUGGGUCGCAUCCUGGAACUGAAGAAUGAAAUGGUGGAAUUGGAAUUAACCGAGUUUCAUUAUUUUGACGACAUCUUACAGGAUCUAAAUUUGGCUCCCCAACAAUUAGAUAUUCCCAUACCCAAGUAUUUUUUGAAGGAGAAGAUGGAAGUAAUAAAAGGAAGAGAGAAAAUCCUUGCUCAAAUAUUAGCCGACAUUGGAUUAGAUGUAACUGACACGAAAUACCGUAUAAAGGGUAUCCCCCUAGAAGAGGCUGUUAAAGUAAUCCAGAUCGCCGAGAGGGCACGACAGGGUCGCCUAAGAGCGACGUUCAUGAAGCAAAUCUUUCUUCAAGAAUAUAGGGCAAAGCAAGCCAGGAUACUUGGCGAGAGAAUAGCAGAUGCAGGGGCUGCUGCCUUGCGAAUUCAGAAGGUUUGGCGAGGCUUCCAUCAAAAUAAGAAAACCGAAAGAGAGAGAGAAGAGGAGAUGAUAUUCCUGGGUAUGAGUCCGCCUCCUCUGUUUAGUGAAGUCAGUGCUACAGUAAUCCAGGCUGAAAAAGUGACCCGCCUGCGGGAUGAGGUGCAGAUCAAGCAUGAAGAGGACUACAGAGAAGCCCUGGUUACAAUCAAGGACGACCUGAAACUAGUGGAAGGUCCAGACAUCAAGGAGAACCUUCAAGACCAGAUCCGGCGUUGGUUCAUCGAAUGCAGGAACUUAACUGGCACAUUUCCUGACUACCCUAAAGAAGAGGAAGGAGGGUCCGCUAUUAUUUUUUCUAACAAGACCCCACAACAGGUCAUUGAUGAUAUUAUUGCAAACCAAGAAGAAGAGGAAAAAAACAAAAAGAAGAAAAAGGAAAAGAAACCCAAGAAAGCCAAAAAAGAUUUUUCUCAGAUGACUGGCUCUCCUGGUACCGAGAGCGGGCAGUAG